GAGAGAGGGAUAGACGGAUAGAUAGACAGAGAGAGAGAGAGAGAGAGAGAGACUGAUGGUGGAUGUAAUAAACACUAAUAACGGCUGGUCUGCUCGGGUUGAAGCCGGUAAUUUCUUUGUUUCUUGAUGAGUUCAGUUGCGACGCGACGCCGCUGAUUUGCGCUCCGCACACGGAGACGCGAUGCGCUGCGCCCCGGGAGCCGCCACCCUGCUGCCGCAUCCUCUCUAGCGCUCCGCCACCUCUCUUUGUCGGCGUGUCUGGUUUUAUUUCGUUUUGAGGGAUCGCAGGAGGCGGAAAAAAAAGAAAGGAUAAACAAAAUGUCUUUAAAAUCCAAGCAGUGUGAGUCGGUGAAGGUGGUGGUGCGCAGCCGCCCGCUGAACCGCAAAGAAGAGGCGUCCGGUUAUGAGAGCAUCGUAGACCUGGACGUGAAAGUGGGCCAGGUGGCGCUGCGGAAUCCCCGAGCGGCUCCGGGCGAACCGUACAAGACGUUCACCUUCGACGCCGUGUACGAUGCGGGAUCCAAGCAGAGCGACCUGUACGACGAGAGCAUGCGGCCGCUCGUGGACUCGGUGCUGCGCGGGUUUAACGGGACGGUGCUCGCGUAUGGGCAGACGGGCACCGGGAAGACGUACACGAUGCAGGGUGAGUGGCUGGAGGCCGAGCGGCGUGGCAUCAUGCCCAGCUCGUUCGAGCACAUAUUCACACACAUCUCCCGCUCCCAGAACCAGCAAUACCUGGUGAGAGCAUCCUACCUCGAGAUCUACCAGGAGGAGAUCCGAGACCUUUUGACGUCCGAUCACAGCAAGCGCCUCGAGCUGAAGGAGAGCCCUGAAUCGGGGGUGUACGUCCGAGACCUUUCGUCCUACGUGGCUAAGAACGUCAAGGAGAUGGAGCACGUUCUGAACGCAGGCAACCGCACACGCUCUGUAGGUGCGACGGAUAUGAACGAACGCAGCUCUCGGUCCCAUGCCAUCUUCAGCGUCACCGUGGAGUGCAGUCAGCCGGGUCCGGAUGGUCGCAACCACAUCAGAGUGGGCAAGCUGAACCUGGUCGACCUUGCCGGGAGCGAGCGCCAAAGCAAAACAGGUGCCCGUGGCGAACGCCUCAAGGAGGCCACCAAGAUCAACCUGUCACUGUCCGCCCUGGGCAACGUGGUAUCUGCUCUGGCUGACGGUCGCGGUGCUCACGUACCCUACCGUGACUCCAAGCUCACCCGCCUGCUCCGGGACUCGCUCGGGGGAAACGCCAAGACCGUUAUGGUGGCAACGCUCGGCCCUGCCUCCUACAACUAUGAGGAGACCCUGACCACGCUGCGCUACGCCAACCGCGCCAAGAACAUCAAGAACGUCCCGCGCGUCAACGAAGACCCUAAGGAUGCGCUGCUCCGCGAAUUCCAGCUGGAGAUCGCCCGCCUCAAAGCACAACUCCAACGACGUGGCAUGCUAAAUGCCCAGAGGAAGAGGAGGUUCCGGAAAAGCACUGACCACGAGGCGAAUACGGAUGAUCUUGAUGAGGACGAUGAGGACGAUGACGAAGAGGACGAAGACAAAGAUGAAGAUGAAGACGAUGACGAGAAGUUGGAGAAGGAGGCGCAGGAGUUCAUGAAGGAGCAACAGGAGAAGCUGGAGCAAGAAAAAGAGGCCAUCGUGGACGAUCGUUCGCUGGUGGCUGAGGAGAAGCUGAAGCUCUUGGAGGAAAAGGAGAGGAUGAUGGGAGAUCUGAAGAAGGAGCAGGAGGCCACUGCGCUCCUCACCUCCAAGUUUAAGGCAAUGGAAAGUAAGCUUCUGGUUGGAGGAAAGAACAUCAUUGAUCACACCAACGAACAGCAGAAGAUGUUGGAACAGAAACGGCAAGAGAUAGCAGAACAGACACGCAGUGAGCGAGAAAUGCAGCAGCAGAUGUUGUUGCAGGAUGAGGAAACGCUGGAGCUGAGAGAAACGUUCACUUCUCUGCAACAGGAAGUGGAGGCGAAAACCAAAAAACUCAAAAAGUACAAGAAGCUGUAUGCGAAGCUACAGUCGGUGAAAGCAGAGAUUCAGGAUGUGAACGAUGAACAUGUCAGAACCAGACAGGAACUGGAGCAGACACAGAAUGAGCUCACAAGGGAACUCAAGUUCAAGUACCUCAUAAUCGAGAACUUCAUCCCUCCAGAGGAAAAGAACAAAAUCAUGAACCGGCUGGUGUUCGAUGUCGAUGAAGACCAGUGGAAAUUCCAACCUCUUGUUCCAGCUGAGAAUAAGUUUACUCAGAUGAAAAAGAGACCUGCCUCUGCCGUGGGCUACAAGCGGCCCAUCAGCCAAUACGCGAGAGACGCCAUAGCAAAAGCAGGCAGUUCUAGAUACAAGGCUGAAAACAUCAUGCUUUUAGAGCUGGAUGUGACUCCGCCCACCCUGUUUCAAAUGGACUUCCCGAAACCGGGGUUCGAGACGGACCCGAGCCGCGACCUGCAACUGGACAACGCAUCAUACAGAGAGAAAGCAGCGGCCAGUCGGGUCAGGAAAUCCCAGUCCUGGUGCCAGGCUGCACAGCCUAUGUCUUCCUCGAGCUCGGCGCUCUCCCUGUCAUCCUCAGGGUCCAACAGCCUGGCGCACCCCGUCAGUGCCGCCAUGGCAACCGUCCACCAGUAAGAUGCCAAGGACAUGUUUAUCCCUUCUUAGAUCCACCACCGGGAGGGACUAUGCAUUCGUCCCAGCUCCUUUUUCGGAGCUAUGAAACGGUGGCCUUGUACGACAUGCUUAGAGAAAGACAUGCUGCACGGAGGACGGAUUCUAGCAUUCUUUAUCUCCUUCUUCUUUUCCCUUUCAACUUGUCCAGAUUUUUCAUUUUCAGCCUCGAGUUCUGGUUAAUACAGGUUUGGGUUUUGCGUUCACAUGCAUCAAAGAGAAAGUCAUGAAAUCUGUUCAAACCUCA